AACGUGUCGACAGGAACGGAGACGUUCGCGCGUGCCGCGUGUGCUCGUUUGUUGUGCUCCUUGAACCUGUGCCGGGAAGAUCGCCGUGGAAAUCCGAGGAGGACUGCGCCGAAGGAGCUCGAACCGCGCGGAGAACCAACCACGAUCGCUCUCGAUCCGCGGCGCCGCCGGGGGACGCAGAGAUGUAGCUCGAUCGCCGUUGCAUCGUGAUUCUCGAGAAUCGAAUUGCUAUCUAUUAGUGACAGUGGAUGGUUGCGUAACCGCCGCGACGAAACUGCAACGGUACCCUAUCGGUGAACGGUGAACACAGUGCGAGGAGUCUUCGGAGCACCGGUAGAAAUCAUUUCGACGAUCGACAUUCCGCGGAGGAACUCGAUGUCUCAGUGACCAGGGCGAACUUGGGGUGUUCAGGAGCAAACGUCGAGGAAAAGUCCGAAGAGGGUUAUCAUGGGGAGACAGGCGGGAGGCACGAAGAUCGCGUGGACCGAAGCUCGGCAGCCCCGCAGGCUGUGGAGGACGCGGUGCUCGGGCCGCGUGGCCUGAGAUAUGCCAGCAGUGGCGACUUCGUUCUUAACGGAAGCAGCAUCGUCGAGGAGGCGUCGGCGUGAGGCGUCGGGCUCGAGCGGUGUCGGUGGCGGCGGACAGCUGGCGAUAGAGAUCGAGACGAUCGAGCGCCGGGUCUGCGCGACCCGACGCGACCUCUUCGUCCCGGUGACCGUCGACCCUCGGCCGGCGCGCGCCGUCCACUGUCCGGACCUGAACGCCUGCCUGAUCAACGAGAGCCGCUCGGCGCAAGAUCAGGUCGACUGCCAGGCGGUCCACUUCGGUUACGCGAUCCCGGUGAACGUGGUGCCCGUCGAGGGCAGCCCGGACUUGGUCCAACUGGUGCUGGACCAGUCGACCGAGCUGAGCAGCCGGGUGGCCAGCUUCCUGCUAGACCAUCACCCGCAGCUGCGCGAGCAGCGCCGGCAAUCGGAGCCGCUGGAGGAGGAACCGUGGCCGGAGAUGGCCGCGACCGCGAAGCACGACCUGCGUCGGAAGUUCCCGACGGAGACGUCCAGCUCCGGCGACGAGGACAUCGCCGCGAUCGCCAAGCAGAUCAGCGACCACGCGGAGGCGAUCUAUCAGACCUGGAAGAGCCGCGGCCUGGCGCCCACCGAGAUACUGAAUUGCCACAGCAAUGCGACUGCCGCGGACAAGUUCGGCACCGCGCUCACGCCGUCGAACGCCGGCAAAACCUCGCCCACCAGCGCCACCUCUCCCACCGCGGUGGACAUCCUGGUCCAGUCGCCGAACCUCGACAAUGGGAACCUGGAGAAGCUGGUGAACAACUUCGUCGUGGAGGACAAGGCGAGGAUAGCGGCCUCCAGGCAGAGAUCGCCGUCUAAGACUCUACCCUCCUCGAUACAGUUCGCCCUGCAGAAGUUCGAGAGGAACUCCAGCCAACAGCAGCAACAGCCGCAGCAGCCGCAAACGUCUCCCUUGAAGAACAGCACCGUCGGCAGUCAACCGAAGGCGAAGCAGCCGAACGCGUUGCUCUCGCCGACCUCCCCUUUCGCCAACAAACCCUCGCAAAUCGUGAAGCCUCAGGUCUCCACGAAGACACCGCCCGGUGCUCACCACAGGGAGGUGUUUCUGGAGACUAUAGAGACCACGUUCCCGGCGGAUCUCACGCCGACGAAGGUCGCGCAGCAGAAGAGGCCCGCCAGCACCGUGAUCACGUCGCCGACCGCCUCGAGUCUGGAGAACGCCUCCAACUCGGUCAACUCCGGCCUGACCACGUGGCCGCUGAAGAACAAGCUGAACGACACCAAGAGAAUCGCCGAACCCUCCUCCGGCAGAUCCCAGCUGGAGAUGAAGCCGCUGGCGAAGGAAGACAAGAGGAACAGCGGCUCGAACUCCAGCGUGUACAUGGACGAGGUCGCCCGCGAGGAGGAGCGGCUGAUAAACGCGUUGAAAACGGGCUCGGUGAUCACCGAGGAGCCCGUGGAGAGGACGGUGCCUCUGGCUAGGCAGAAGCCGGCCAUCAAGCGGGAGAAGCCGAAGGUGGAGCCGGUCAAGCCGAUCAUAAUCGGGCACAAUCAUCACGGGAGCGGCCUAGUGCCGGCUUCCGCGGCGAUGGUGAACAACGUGGUCUCCGCUUCGCCCGGGGCUGCCGCGAGCACCGUGCCGGACGCCAAGUCUCUGACCAAGGACGAUCUGUCGAGCAUGUCCGUGGUGGACUACGCGAAGGUCCGUUACAGAGCCGCUCAGCAGAACCCUCCCACGCAGCAGAGGCUGGAGGAGCAGAAGACGAAUAGCGUGCCGGCGUUCAAUUCCACGGAGCAAUUGGUCUCGACCACCAGGUCGAAAUUCGAGACAGAGAUCAGAAAGGACAAGGAGGCUAGCAAAGAGGACAAGGACCCGGUCACGUCUAGAUGGGGGCCGAGAAUCAACACGCCCAGACCGAGGAUCGAGCAAGUGCCUCAUCCAGAGCUCACCACUCAACAGAAACAGCAUAUCAGAGCAGCGGCUGCCACCGGAACCGGCAACAACCCUAUCAGACCGUUCUUGACUAGGGGUUCCGUCGCGGAGCGAGUGCUCAUCUUCGAGAAAUGCCCCAGCGAGCUGUUGCUCGACAAACGGGGCCCAAGGCAGCCGGCCAUUAACACUUGGAGGACCGGGCACGAGGUUCAGAACAAGGCUCAGACGUACGCGAAAGACAAGAGCCAGCAGAAGAAUCUGCCGCCCCACACGACGCUACAGAGGCACGUGAAAGCGAACAGGAACGUCCACAUACCGAGAUUUUACUUCCCCGGCGGGAAACCGUUGUCAUUGUCUCAAGUGGAGGCGACCGUCGCGAAAAUUACCGCUGCGUUCCAGUCCUUGCCGGGCCAUCGCGCCUCUCGAGCCCAAUUUCACGCUAUCACCAAGGCGUGCGAUUUGCCGCUUUACUGGAAAGUGCCGCUCUUCCUGGCAGCUGGCGGCGAUCAGACCGGCUACGUAGAGAUGAACGCCUUCCUCGAUUUCUGGAAGGAAAUGUCGAACACCCACCACGACGCGGCCAGCAAAUUCAUCAGAAUCACCACCCGCGGCCUGAGGAACAACAUACUCCCCGAGGAUCUGAUCCCGCUGGUGCAGGACGUGGUCGAGACUCAUCCCGGUUUAACUUUCCUGAAAGAGGCCACUGAGUUCCAUUCGCGCUACGUACACACGGUGAUCGCCAGGAUAUUCUACUGCGUGAACCGCAGCUGGAGCGGCAGGAUCUCCGUGGCCGAGCUGAGGAGGAGCAACUUAUUGUCGGUGAUCGCGGUCCUCGAGCACGAGGAGGACAUCAACCAAGUCACCGCGUACUUCAGCUACGAGCACUUCUACGUGAUCUACUGUAAAUUCUGGGAGCUGGACCGGGAUCACGAUCUCUUCAUCGAUAAGAAGGACCUGACGAAGCACAACGAUCACGCCCUGUCGAAGCGGAUGAUCGCGAGAAUAUUCAGCGGCGCCGUGACAAGGGGAGGCGUGAAAAGCGGGAACGGAGUGCAGCAGCCCCAGGACAAGAUGAGCUACACGGAGUUCGUGUGGUUCUUGCUCAGCGAGGAGGACAAGAAUCAUCCCACCGCGAUCGAGUAUUGGUUUAGGUGUAUGGACCUCGACGGCGACGGCUACUUAUCAAUGUACGAGCUGGAGUACUUUUACGAGGAGCAGCUGCACCGCAUGGAGGCGAUCGGAUUGGAGACGCUGCCGUUCGAGGAUUGUCUUUGUCAGAUGCUGGACAUGAUCAAGCCGGCGACGCCUGGGAAGAUAUCGCUGAGCGACUUGAAGAGAUGCAAGAUGACGUCGAUAUUCUUCGACACGUUCUUCAAUCUGGAGAAGUACCUGGAUCACGAGCAGAGGGAUCCAUUCGCGUCCGCGAGGGAGCACGACCCUGAUGGCCACGAGCUGUCGGACUGGGACCGAUUCGCAGCCGAGGAGUACGAGAUGCUGGUAGCCGAAGAGAGUGGUAACGAACAGAACGAACAGAUGUCUUACGAUUCCAUGUCGGAGGACGUGUUCUCCCAGAACCUGGAUAUACUGGACGGUGAAUCGGUGGAUCUGCUCCAGAACGCCGAGCACCAGGACUACCUCGACGACCAAUCAGCGAUCAAUUCGUCGGAGUCCGUUCAUCAGUCCAGAAAUCAGUACUACGACAGCGGCGACAGCGACGAUUACGCCGAGAGCGACAACUGAUCGCCCUUUCGUCCCGGGGGAAUUUCAAUUGUAACUUAACGGAAAGCUGAACGUGUUAGCGGGGAAGUAAUCAGCAUUCCUUCGAGGAUGACUGAAGAGAGGAUCGACUUUAAGGAGCGGAAAGGAGCAAAGUUUUUCCUGUAGUGCAUAGACGACGGGAGCUAAACAGAUGGAAGACGAAAAGACGCGGUUCUCCGAGUGACUCUGGAAACGAUGUAAGUGACAGUGAACAGGAUUCCCGGAUCGGUGGACAAUGUCGCGGCAGUAUCGAAUCGGAUACGAAUCCAUUCGGUGAUGAUCGGAAUCGCCGUGGCGAAGUACGAAAGUGCCACUCGAACGGAGCUGUCUAGAGGCGUUUCAGCCAGACAAUCGGAGAAGUCUCCGGGCCGCGUCUAAAGAUAGAUCCGUGUCUCCGGAAGCGUUCAGUGAUCCUCCGCUAAAUCGGGGGAAGGUUCAACGUCACCGAAUCGAUCCGUAACUAAAGAAGAACGGACGAGGAAGAAUCAGGCCAACCCACGACUCGUGUGAAAAGUGUCGUUGCCCGAUCCUUACACGAGAACCUAAUGCAUACUGUGUACUCCACGUUGUAAAUAGACACAGCAAAUCACGGACCCUUAUUUUUACUUAACGUAAGAGUCAACUUCGAAGCCGCGGCCCGAUUGCUUCGAUUGCUGCAGCCGUGCUCCCGAGGGACGCGAGGCCGCGUGAAUCGUCCUCCGUUCGGACGGGAUCCCCUCUCUCUUUCGUGUAAUUCGCGAAGCGUACCUUUUUUCUAGCCCAAAGGAUGUUAUUUUUUAGAGGAAACGAAGGACGGAUCUUCGCUAGACACAGCGUCUUGGGAACGAGAGGGAGUCGACAGGCUCCAGGCAGCAGCAACUGGAAAUCGCGCUGAUCGAAGAUGUUGGGGAAUAUCUCUUGCCCUCUGUAAUCGUCUUGUAAACCAUAGUAUUACACCGCGGCCGUAUCUGCACGCGCGAAACCGAUGGAAGGAUCGUACCGAGUAAAAGUAUUCGCUUGUAAUCGAUGGUAAAGUCAAUUGGCUGCUCGACCUGCUGUAACGUUUGUUUCUGAGCGAAUCCAGCGACUGCCCUGAAUUCCUGCCGAAUUAGGCGAGAAGUUGCUCUCGAUUCACGAACGAUUCAGCGAUGGGACAGGCGAGUUCGCGGCGGCCAAUUGAGUUUAUCCCGGCUACAGAGACACUGCAGAGACUACUCGUACGCGGGUGUCCUCGUUUCUCCCGACAAUGCGACCUAUGCAUUUCGCGAGCUUUCGCCGUUUCAUUUCUGCGAGUCUGGGGACGGGUGAUGGUUACGAUAAACAAGCCAAAGAUACAACGUGUUCCGUUGUCCGAACAGCGAAGCUGCACGAGGAAGCUGGGGGAGGGAACAGGGAAUUUCCAAGCGCUCUUUCACCUCGUUUCGAAACCGGGAAGUUUCCCGUGGGAUUCCCUCGCGAAAAGCGGGUUACCGGGACUUGUUAACGCUAGAACUACUAGAUCGUUGGGAAUCGCUAAAUUUCCGAUUUCUCGAAGACAAUUCUCUCGGUGAUCGACGCGCGGAUCGAUUCGAUUGCUCUUUCAAUUCUCGAAAUAAACUCGGUAGUUGUAGCGUUAAGUAUCGGAAUGGGUCCGACCGAGGAAUUCUUUUGUAAACCGCGUUGAAGUUGUUUGAUCGUGUCCCGGGAACAGCGCGGUUCCGAGCGCGCGUAGUCGAUUGGAUUCUUUUCGUUUGUGAUCGGUCCGAGAUCGGCGAGGUUCUCGCGUUUCCCUCGAUCGUCGCCGGGGAAGAUGUAUCACGGCGGAUCUUGUUCUCCGAACGGACAUGCUGAUUUUCUAGGAAUUUUGUUGUUGUCACGGGAACACUGCGACGUUCGUCGCGCGGAACGAUCGGAAAGCGGCGCGGCGAGACGGUAUGCCGAACACGUACCGCCACGGCGCGCAGGGCUCUCCGAAACGCGGUCCGACUCGACGAUGGAACACGAAUUCGAUCACGGGAGUCGCGCAUUGCUCUGUUAAUUUUCGACGCAUCUCGUGGCGAGCCCUUGAUUGUUACUGUUAAAUUGAUUGCUCGUGAGAUUUUAUUUCUGCGUGAAUUCUAUGUCUUGUUGUUAUAUUGAAUAAUGAUUCGCUCGAACGAUCGGACGGCAGCCAAUUGAUUUCCGGCCGGUGAGCGCGCACUUUGUAUUCGGACGAGCGCACCGCGGCGCCGAAUCGCAUUGUAUCGGUUGAUCCGUUCGAGCCGCCAAGACUGCUGGAAUCCCUGUACAUAUUACUUUCGUCUUCGAGAUUUCAUUUGAAAGCGCGUAUAUGAUAUUACUCUAGUCGAAAUGUGUGCUAUAAUUCACGUAAAAAAUCACCACGAGACUUGGGGGCGGGGGGGUGGCUUAGUUUAGACAUCCGUUUCGUGUUGUUUGUUGAUUAACGAUGAAUCGCGGGCGACAACUUCCUUGUCGUGAAGGACGUUUCAUUCUGGGACACGAGAAGCGAAGCUCGACGCUGAAAUUCCUCCUAACAGAAUCGUUUUAUCUUUCCUCCGUUGCCUUCUGUCGCUUUCCUCUCUCGUUACUCCCCUCGAUUCGUGUCGAUUCGACCGAUCUCCGGGUGAUUUCAAGUACUCGGAUACAGAAUGGAUCGUAGAGGAUCGGUACUCUCGAAUCUCAUUCGCCGGAACGUGUCCCAGGAUGAAACGUUCGCUCCAAGACGGUGCUCCGGAUCGAUGCUUGGCGAACACCGAGACCGGCGUUGUUCUUGUUGCUGUUUGAGUACCUGUUCAGUUGAUUGCACGAGCCCAGCUGUUGUUUUACGAAUCAUUCGUUCGAAUCGUUUAUCGGGUUGACCGGCGUUCGCCAAGUAUCGAUGCCAAUCAACGAAAGAAUCCUCGUUCACGUCGGCGACUCGGUCAUCGGAUCAGGGAAGACGACUUUUAGUUGGUUCGGAGUUGGCGCGAGAAACAACAGGUAUCCGAAGAGUAUCCUCCGCGGAAUCGGACUCGGCGAACUGAAAUGUUUUCUAUCCGCGGCGACACGCGAACCGGUCGCGGAGCCACCGUUCGCGAAUGAUCGCUUUUGUUGACUGUCCAAAGAUGUAAAACUAUUAACACUUUACAACUGUAUCUU